UGAGUUAGAAAGGCUUGAUUCCAGGUAUUGGUUGUCAUUAAGAAGACUGUCAUUGAAAGUAUUUGUGGGGAAGAAGAGGACAACAAUUGAAUAGAAAGAGAAAGAGAGAGAGAGAGAGAGAGAGAGAGAGAGAGAGAGAGAGAGAGAGAGAGAGAGAGACCAUAGAGUAAUGUUUCGGUACUACAGUAUGAAAUACUAUCAAAUAUAGCGUAGUUAUGCUCCGGAAGUCCAAACAGGCCUCUCCUCUCUUGUUUGUAAUGUUACCAUUGAUUUCUUAUACACAUUUAUACUACAGUAUGAGCUGAUCCAACCAAUGAAACUUAAGAAACUGGUUGUACUAUGAAAUACUGCACGUGUGCUCAUAUCGUAGUGCAAGUGCUCGUAGGUUAUCAUUGGUUGAGAUAACAGCAUAGUAUGGAUGUGUAAAGUGAAAGAAGACUCAAUGGAAAGCACUGGUAGUAAUAGUGUUCAGUUGUUUAGUAGACUCCGAUGGUGUAUGUGAUGUGAACUGUCAAAUGUUAGGAUCAGUAGAGUCUCUAUUGAAUGCAUACCAAAGCUAUGGCUUAUGAGUAGUGCAGCACUUGAUAGCAACAGCACAGCAGUGAACCACUGAUUGCCUCCAACUCUGUAUUGCAUUGCAUUGUAUUGAAUACUUAGUGUACUUACUAUUCAAACAUAGUUUGCAAAGAGAGAGCUCAUACCUAUUGGUUUUGGGCACCACUAAUGUUAGUGCCGUAAUACCAGUGCUCUGUUGACUGACUUGUGAAGAGUUCUUUGGGAAAACAAGCGCUUUAUUGAAUCAAACAUUACAUUCCCGGAGGACUUCUUCUAUUGAUAAGACUUUUAAGCGCAACGACAACGACCAUCACUUCCAACACUUUCAAAGAGAGAGUGAAUUACUUCUUGUGCUGUCAUUUCUACACAAAUAUAAAAGAAUUCAAGUUAUGCAUCAUUUGUCAGCAAUUGCUCCAAACGAUUGUUAUUUAAAGCAAAGAAUUUUUAAGGCAAAUCCAAAUUCUGAGUUGGACGAGUUCUUUGACACUUCAGUCCACAAUCAAAUGCUUUACAAUCCGACGACAGCAAUGCAACCACAGCAACAACUGAUGACACAUUCGUCACAUCAGUUAAGACCUCAUCCGCAACAGUACAACAAUGCAUUAAUAGGACAUCCACAGCAACAACAGUACAAUAAUAUGAACACUAUGUUAGUUCAGGACAAUAUGUGGGAAGACAUCACUGCCAGCAUUUGCGAUGACUUUGUUACUAUAAAGACUGAACCCACUCAUCACCAAAAUCAUCAAAGAUAUCAAACACCUGUAAAUAGCAAUGAUUGUAAUACAUCUCAUGUUUUACACUCAAAUCCUCAACCACUGCAUCCCUCGUAUAUGAGACACACACCUAAUAUGCAAUCCUCUUCUCAGUCAUUAUAUGGCAAUAUAAUCAACACUUCAUAUAACAACAAUACUAUGUCAGCCAAUGUGUCUUCAAAUAUGUCUUCAGACCAUUAUUCUAAUCGGGAACAGCUUUUCCUACCACCGACGCCACCCAAUUCAGAACCGGGUUCUCCAUCGACACAAUUGCAACAACAUUCCCGUUCCCAUCAUAACCACCAGACAUCUGCAGCAAAUCAAAUCCAAAGAAGAACACCUCCACCACCUUAUAACACGUGUGGAAAUACUAUAAACCCUCCACAUCACCACCAAAUGACAACAUUGUCACCAGCAAUGCAUCUGAACACUACCCGUAUAUCCACUUCUCAAUCACAGCCGAUCUCACAUCAUUCCCCACUCACAGUACCGACUGUUCCUCAACAGAGAUAUAACAGAAGAAAUAAUCCUGAAUUAGAAAAACGACGAAUACAUCGAUGCGAUUAUCAAGGUUGUACUAAAGUGUAUACCAAGAGCUCACACCUGAAGGCACACCAGCGCAUACAUACAGGUGAAAAGCCAUACAAAUGUCAUUGGCCUGACUGUCAGUGGCGUUUUGCCCGAUCCGAUGAGUUGACCCGACAUUACCGCAAACAUACCGGAGCCAAACCUUUCAAAUGUAAAGUUUGUGAAAGAAGUUUCGCCCGCUCUGACCAUUUGGCACUUCAUAUGAAACGACAUUUACCUAAACCACAUAAAUAACUAUCAAUUGACAUCUCAUUUACAUCCAUAUCAUCAUUCAUUUACAUGAUAUCUCAAAU